CUCCAUUCGGUGGCCGUUUGUCGACAUUCCUGCUUUUGUGUUCGCAGUAUUAGCAUCGUGCCACCGUGUUAAGUUGGUGCACAAAUUAAUUUAAUUUAUUUAAUUUAUUUUUUAUAAACCAAAUACUAACUCAAAAUGUGUGACGAAGAAGUUGCCGCCCUCGUAGUCGAUAAUGGAUCUGGUAUGUGCAAAGCCGGUUUCGCUGGGGAUGAUGCUCCACGAGCUGUAUUCCCAUCAAUUGUUGGGCGCCCCCGUCAUCAAGGUGUGAUGGUCGGCAUGGGACAAAAAGACAGUUAUGUUGGUGAUGAAGCACAAAGCAAAAGAGGUAUCCUCACAUUGAAAUACCCAAUUGAACACGGUAUUGUCACAAACUGGGAUGAUAUGGAAAAAAUCUGGCAUCACACCUUCUACAAUGAACUCCGAGUUGCCCCAGAAGAACACCCUGUUCUCCUCACAGAAGCCCCAUUGAAUCCUAAAGCAAACAGGGAAAAGAUGACCCAAAUUAUGUUUGAAACCUUCAACACUCCUGCCAUGUACGUUGCCAUCCAGGCUGUCCUGUCAUUGUACGCUUCUGGUCGUACCACUGGUAUUGUCUUGGAUUCUGGUGAUGGUGUUUCUCACACUGUACCAAUCUAUGAAGGAUACGCCCUCCCUCACGCUAUCUUGCGUUUGGACUUGGCUGGCCGUGACUUAACUGAUUAUUUAAUGAAAAUCUUAACUGAACGUGGAUACUCCUUCACCACUACUGCCGAAAGAGAAAUUGUCCGUGAUAUUAAAGAAAAAUUGUGCUAUGUAGCUUUGGACUUCGAACAAGAAAUGGCCACCGCUGCCAGCUCUUCAUCUUUAGAAAAAUCAUACGAACUUCCUGAUGGUCAAGUCAUCACCAUUGGAAAUGAAAGGUUCAGGUGCCCAGAAGCUCUCUUCCAGCCAUCAUUCUUGGGAAUGGAAGCCUGUGGAAUUCAUGAAACCACUUACAACUCCAUAAUGAAAUGUGAUGUUGAUAUCCGUAAAGACUUGUACGCCAACACAGUAUUAUCUGGAGGCACCACCAUGUACCCAGGAAUUGCUGACCGUAUGCAAAAGGAAAUCACCGCAUUAGCUCCAUCAACCAUGAAAAUCAAAAUCAUUGCCCCACCAGAGAGGAAAUACUCCGUCUGGAUCGGUGGAUCCAUCUUAGCAUCCCUAUCCACCUUCCAACAGAUGUGGAUUUCAAAGCAGGAAUAUGAUGAAUCUGGCCCAUCAAUUGUACACAGGAAGUGCUUCUAAGAAAAGUGUUCAUUAACAUCAUUAAUUAAUAUUAACAUCUUUAUUUCAUCUACAUCAUCCUCAUUUUAUGCAUAUUUGCUGUUUUUAUUUUUAUCUCGUCAUUUUAAUCGGGAUAAGAGUUCCUACCCAAAGCAUUCCAGCAUAAUUUUUGUAUUAUAUCACUUGAAGGUUUGAUCAACAGACUUGUAUUUGGAUCAUCGAUAUUUAUAUCCAACAAUAUUCAUAUUGGAUCAAACGGCUUGACUUCAUGUUUGUAAUUUGUAAGAUAAACUAUGAAUUAUUAC